AGCCCAGCCGAUUUGAUUACCCGUAUAGAUUCCAUAGAUGGAGACUACGAUCGCUAUCUGAGUAUGGUGACAACGGAAAUUGCAAAGCGAAAGAGUGGUCGAUCUCUUGUUGUGCUACUCUUCUCCGAGCAUGAAGUGAAGAGCGGUUUGAUAGAAACAUGGAAAAGAUUCUCAACAAAUGACACGGCUCACGUAUUUAGGGUUGGAAGUGCUCAGCCUAAGAACCAGCUCUCUGCCGAUAAUGAGCACUCAUUCGAGAAGCUUCUAGCCUGUACUACCACUGAGAACUCAGACUCUAUUCGACGUAAACCAGCCAUAAGUCUUGCGCUGACAACGUCGCGUCCUCCUCCAAGAACGUUUUCAAAAACGACUCGUCCACCACCUACAACGAGGCCCAACACCACGUCUGGGCCAAAACUUCGCCCAAUCUUCCGUAAAAAGGAGAUAAGGGAGAAAGAAGAAAUACAGUUGUCCGAUAUCCCGCUCAAGAGUGAAGAUAAAACUAUUCUUUCCGAAAAAAAUAUAGGUAAUCCUGUUUCAGAUCUGUUGGGCCUCGUGAUGCGACAGAGCCUCCAAAGCGAUUUCUACUACAUUCGUUUGUAUCGACAGAUCCCUUACAUGUAUCUUCUGGGUUAG